CCUGGCAGGUCAUCCCUCUGAGAACCAGCUGCACUUCAGUCUCAGACCUGCAGAGGACACUGGAUUAACAGUCCACAUGUUGGCUGCUCGAACUCUGAUUCGCUCCCUCGAGAUGGAAGCAAGAGACGACAAAGGAGAGCGUGAUGAGGAAAUGAAGAAGAAGGUGGAGGAGUUGAGUAUCCAGUCAGGAGUGAGCAGUGCCUUUACUGCCUUUAUUGCUGUUAGUAAAAGCAGUGGUGAGGCGAUACAAGGACCCCUGAUAAGCAUAGAUAGUCGAGCAAACCUUUUAUUCCUUCGCCAAUACAGUUUUUCAGAUUCCUGUGAGAUCAGUAAAGGUACAAAUACAGGAUCCUGUGGUCUGAUAACUGCCCAGAAGGACCCAGUUCCUCUGAAGAGCAUUGAGGUGGAGCUGGAGGUGAGGGACCAUGUGGCUACAGUGGUCUCCACUCUGAACUAUGAGAACAAGGAGGACAAACCAUUAGAGGCUGUUUUUGUCUUCCCUCUGCCUGGAGAUGCUGCUGUCUGCCAUUUCAGUGCUCAGAUUGGACAGACACAGAUUGUAGCUGAGGUGAAGGAGAAACAGAAGGCUCGUGAAUUGUAUGAUGAUGCUCUGAGCUCCGGUCAGCAGGUCUGCCUAUUGGCAGAGAGUGAUGAGAGUCCAGAUAUAUUCUCUCUGAGUGUGGGCAGUCUGCCUCCAGGAGAGAGCGCCUCCAUCAGGUUGGAGUACGUCACUGAGCUGGCUGUGCAGGCUGAUGAUGGUCUGAGGUUCUGUCUGCCUGCUGUGCUCAACCCUCGAUACCAACCUCAGGGAAGUGCAGGUGCAGGUUUCCAGGUGACUUCUGUUCCAGCCUCUCUGGUGCCCUACAGUCUGUCUUUUUCUGCCCGAGUGUCCUCUCCUCGUCCAAUCUCUAAAGUAGAGUCCAACUGUUCCCUGGACCCUCUGCAGUACCUCAACACUGAUCAAACCCAGGCCACGGUCAAGCUGGCUGCAGGACACAAGUUUGACAGAGAUGUUGAACUGCUGAUUUAUUACAAAGACGCCCACCAGCCCACUGCUGUGGUGGAGGCAGGACAGGCCUCUGCUGAGCCGGGCUCUCUGAUGGGUGAUCCAAUGGUGAUGGUGAGUCUGUACCCUGAGUUCCCCCAGUCUGUGAUGUCUUCAACGGCUUCAUGUGGAGAGUUUGUGUUCUUAAUGGAUCGAUCUGGAAGUAUGGGAUUUAGGAUCAAAAGAAGGAGUCUUCAGACUUGCAUCCACAGUGCAAAGGACACUCUGCUGCUCCUGUUGAAGAGUUUACCAAUGGGCUGCUAUUUCAACAUUUACAGUUUUGGGUCCAGAUAUGAACACAUCUUCCCUAAGAGUGUGGAGUACAGCCGGCAGACCAUGGAGGAGGCUCUGAAGAAAGUAAAGAAGAUGAAGGCUGAUCUUGGAGAAACAGAGAUCCUUGAGCCCCUCAAACAUAUUUACAGCCAGCCCUGCAUUCUCAAUCAGCCUAGACAGCUGUUUGUCUUAACUCGCGGAUGGGUGAAGAACGACAAAGAAGUGAUAGAUCUGGUGAAGAAGAAUUCAAGUUCUCACAGGUGUUUCUCUUUCGGGACAGGAGAAAACACCAGCUAUAAUUUCAUUAAUAAGAUGUCCAAGGAAGGAGGAGGUCACGCUCAGUUCAUCACUGCGACUGACAAGAUACAACCAAAAGUGAUGCAAUCACUGCAAUUUGCUCUGCAGCCAUCUGUGAUUGACAUCUCAGUCACAUGGGAUUUACCAAAGGAAGUGUCUGUCACUGUCCUCACUCCACCAAUCACAUCCAUUCUCCAGGGUCAGAGGUCACUGAUUUAUGCCCAGCUCACUGGACAGAGCUCAGAGGCAGCAGAGGGCUGUGUGACGCUGAAGUACAGCCUGGCAGGUCAUCCCUCUGAGAACCAGCUGCACUUCAGUCUCAGACCUGCAGAGGACGCUGGAUUAACAGUCCACAUGUUGGCUGCUCGAACUCUGAUUCGCUCCCUCGAGAUGGAGGCAAGAGACGACAAAGGAGAGCGUGAUGAGGAAAUGAAGAAGAAGGUGGAGGAGUUGAGUAUCCAGUCAGGAGUGAGCAGUGCCUUUACUGCCUUUAUUGCUGUUAGUAAAAGCAGUGGUGAGGCGAUACAAGGACCCCUGAUACCACCACCCGCUUUAAAACAGUGUAAUUUGGUGGAUUCCUGUGAGAGUCAGCCAAGCAUCAGUAAGGGGACCUCUGUAACGGAGAAACUGAGAUCAGCCUUCGGCUGCAUUAACUGCUCACCUCAGAGGAAGGCCAAAGAGUCUGAGCUGUCAGUCAAAGACCCUUUGCUGCAGCUGAUUUCCCUGCUGGAAGCCUCUGGAUGCUGGUUAUUGAAGCCAGCUUUGGCCUCUGUGCUGGGGAAGACCAGCAAGGAGGUGGCAAACCUGAAACCUGCAUCGGCCAGCAGUGAAGUGUGGGCCACCAUUCUGGCUCUGAUCUGGCUUCAUGGUUUCAAGAUGGAUGCAAAGGACGAGUGGGAGCUUCUGGCUAUGAAGGCUGCCUCGUGGCUCCGUGCUCAGAAUGCGACGUGUGUGACAGAGUGUGUGGAGGCCGGUAAUGCGCUGCUGGGUUGCAGAGUAACGAAAGAUGCUUUGGGGCUCUGAAGUUGCUCCUCCUUCAGAAUUCAACUUUAUGUAUUGCAUAUUAUCAGUGUUCACUAGAACCACAGACGGUAACAUUUCAAUGAGCAGCAGGGGGUGACUCCUCUGGUUGCAGAAAGAAGUCUUUGUAUGCCUACGGGUAAACAUCUUUGUUGUUUGCGGUAUAAGUUUACACGUUCAUAGAGGGGUUUGUCUUUCUGAAUGCGGCAUGAUGUUCAUUCACUAAAUUCUGUUCCUGAUUAGAAUCAAAAAGGAGAAAAUCACCUUGUGAUGUGCCGUGUUUCUGCCAGUGGUGGAAACACUCAGCUCGAUGCUUCACAACAGAACAACUAAUCCCUAAUGUAAUGGUUGCUACAGUUUAUGCAUACAAACCAAAACAUUCUGCACAAUUGUUUUUUUAUUUUAUUUUCUCCAAUUGUCCCUGAGAGGCAUGUGAAUGAGUGAUCAGCUAUAUCUCAUCUAUUCAGUUCAGUUUUAUUUCUAUAGCGCCAAAUCACAACAGCAGUCAUCUCAAAGCACUUUACAUUGUGGGGUAAACGCCCUACAAUAAUACAGAGAAAACAGUCUUUGAGACGCUUUGUGCUUUCUGUGAUGCCUGCGAUGCUUAGCUGAACCAAUUAUCAGUUCAUGCACUUAAAUAUAAGGGCAACACUAAUUGUUAGAGCAUGUUAGCUUUUCCUGUGUUGAUAUAGUAAUAAAGAUAAAUGUCUGAUCUCUAAUUGAUGGCUUCUCUGGAUGUGUUGAUGUCUGUUGUAUUUAUCUUAUCUUUCAUUAUUCUGUGGUUGUUCAUCAGUGUGCGCAUGUGAAUUUGUAACUGAGUUUACUGUGCAUUUGAUAAAGCUCCUCAACCUAA